UUCAGAUGAUGAUUAAUCAAUCAACAGAAAACAAAUCAAGAAGCCAAACCUACCCCUGGCUCCUCCUAUAUUUAAAGAGACACCCCGUGAGACUGGCUUUCACAAGACCACAAGGAACUGCCUCCAACACAUCAGGGAGGUCUUGCUGCACCAUAGAUGGCAGGAUGCCGCAGAGUACAUGGCCAGUUACUCACAGACACUGGAGGAUACCACUGCAAACAUGCCACAACUCUACGCUGAGAUAAUUUGGAGGAAAGGCACAGAGAUACUACACCACCAUCCCGAAUCGAAGCUGGAAGACUACAACAGCUUCUAUGAGCGAGUGAAACACUCAGGAGUAAAGCAUUACCUGAAGGUACAUUGUUGCCACGGUUACCCUCAGAGCCCGGGAUGUCGCUGCUCACGAUAAAGAUUGACAAGAUUGGGCUGAAAGAUGCAGGGCAAUGCAUUGAUCCCUACAUGACAGUUAGUGUGAAAGAUGUGAAUGGCAUUGAUUUGAACCCGGUGCAAGACACACCUGUGGCUACCCGAAAGGAGGACACAUACAUUCACUUCAGCGUAGACAUCGAGAUCCAGAGACAUAUCGAGAGACUACCAAAAGGGGUAGCUAUUUUCUUUGAGUUCAAGCACUAUAAACCCAAGAAGGGGUUUACCAGCACAAAAUGUUUUGCCUUCAUGGAAAUGGAUGAGAUCAAACCUGGUCCCAUUGUGAUCGAGUUGUACAAGAAGCCCACUGACUUCAAGAGGAAGAAGCUCCAGCUCCUGACAAAGAAGCCACUCUAUCUCCACCUCCACCAGACGUUGCACAAAGAUUAAUAACCGAGGUCACUGAAUGGAGCACAUCAAGAAAGCAGAAGCACCACAGAAUUCCACUGUAGUCAUCAGACAUCCAACAAAGUUUGGUGUACCUACUGCGUAUCCGCCUCCACUCACAUCAGCAAUACUAAACCCAGCAGGCCCAAAGGCCACACCCUCAACUCUGUCAUAGGAUGGCCCUGGAUGACACAUAUUAACUACAGCGGUGACAACACCCUACUGUAUAAUGCUGCGUUCGUAACCAGGUGGGAGGUGGGAAUUUACCAGUUGUGAAGUCGUAAAUACCAGUUGGAUGCAUUCACGUGCUUUGAACUUGUUGAGAAAGGCUGAUUUGUCUAAUGGCCAACAAGCUUCCUAAGCCAUAAACUAAAAGCUAUCAUGCUGGUAAACAAAUGAGUGUUAAAAAACCAUAUUGAUAGAUUGCUUUUUAUAAAUAAGGUUUUGUUGUUGCAUUUAACUGCCGAAAAGGCUGUUAUCCAGGUCAUUUCCUUAAUAGGUGACGUCAGAGGUCAGCAUGUGGGAGAAGUGGGAGCUCAGGAUGAUAUAUACAAGUUUCUCACUAGUAAUUUCCAGUUGGAGGGCCGUUCAAAUUGAUUUUUCCCAGUCCUAUAUGGUAAAUUCCCACUUGGUUACGAACGCCGCAUUUGACCCCUCUGAUGCCAAUUAGCGAUAACUUUUUUCUCCUCUCUGCAUGACGUUCAAUGGAAAAUAAGAGUUGAGUUAGCAAUUGGCACUGUAUGUCAAGCAACCAGCAGAAAAACAACCAGCCUCGUCUUUAGUCUUCCUCUGUCUUUCCGUUUGGGGACAAAAGAGGAACAACAUGGUCAUAGGUGGUCAAGCGGUGUAUUGAUGAUGUCAUAUCCUGGUGCCAAUUUCAAAUGGGCACAAUGAGAUAUUUUGACACAACUGCCACAGAGUGAAAACAUAACUGCCCUGUUCAUUUACUUAAAAAUGCACCCUUAUCACUGAUCUGGCAUUAUUUAAUAGGUAAAAGCAAUAUAUUGGGAUAUUUGCUUUAAUCUAUCCUAUCACAGAUCUGUGAUUACUUCAAGGAUGGGCGGAAGUAAGGAUGCAUUUUAUUACCAUU